AUGUCGCUCACCUCGAGAGCGGCCACUUCGGUCGUCCGCCAUACCGCACGGCAGCAACUGCCAGCCAUCCGUCAGUCCGCCGCUGUAGUCCAGCAACAACGGAACCGGGCAGACUCCGCGUACGAUGUCUCCACUAACCACAGCCAAUUCCACUCGCCGUUCCACCGCGGCACCCGCAAUGAGCAAGACACGACGGUGAUACCCAGCUUCAAGAAGUACCGGAGUGGCAGCGAGACGGGCAACAAGGUCUUCCAGUAUUUCAUGGUCGGCGCUUUCGGUGGCUUGAGCGCGCUGGGAGCGAAGGAUACGGUACAGAACUUCCUCGUCAACAUGUCCGCCUCCGCCGACGUCCUUGCCCAGGCCAAGGUCGAAGUCGAUCUAGCCAGCAUCCCCGAAGGCAAGAACGUCAUCAUCAAAUGGCGCGGCAAGCCAGUCUUCAUCCGCCACCGCACCGCCGACGAGAUCAAGGAAGCCGAAGACGCCGAUUGGCAGAAACUCCGCGACCCGCAACCGGACGAUGCCCGCGUGAAGAAGCCAGAGUGGUUGAUCAUGCUGGGAGUGUGCACACAUCUGGGUUGUGUGCCCAUUGGUGAGGCUGGAGACUUUGGUGGGUGGUUCUGCCCGUGCCACGGUAGCCAUUACGAUAUUUCUGGACGCGUGAGGAAGGGCCCGGCGCCGUUAAACUUGGAGGUCCCGGAAUACGACUUCCCCACGGAUGAGUCGCUGGUGAUUGGUUGA